AUCGGAGUUCCCCAACAAGGGGAGAACAGCGCCACCGGAGGCCGACACCCCCCAUCACCACUGGGGAGGCUGAGGCCCUCAUUCAGAGGGUUGGGAUCACGGCCGAACAAUUCAAGGAGGUGCUGGCCGCACUUACGCCCAACCGCGAGGUUGUGGUAGGAGAUGUGGUUGGGGGACCCACAGGCGAGAAGGCUGGACCUGGAGGCUCCCAAGGAAAAAAUAAAAAGUGAGGCGGUCCCAAAAGAAGAAGGCGACCAAGCCUAAUGGGAAGGCUAUGAUGGCAGAUGCGCUUUCCAGGCUAGAAGAAGAGGACGAGUCGUCCUCCUUCGAGCGGAUGUCUGCUUUUGACCGUUUGGGAGACCCCAAGUCGAAGAAACCACGGACCUCUGCGUUCGAAAGGCUGCAGGACACUCGGCCGGCCCGAAAAGGCGACUUGAGAGACACGCUCAAGGAGAAGAGAGGGGAGUCCACAGCGACCUCCAAGGUCGGUUCUGAGGAGCGACGGACGAUAGUCGGGGAUAAGGGCGCAGCCGAGCUGUGGAAAAUGUACGAACAACUGGAGAAGCGGCUGUAUGCCCAGAACCCCUAUCGCCAGGCGGUCUUCAGUGAGGUAACGCCCUUCUCCAGAAGGAUAAUGUCCUGCCCUCUCCCAGAUAAUUUCAAGACUCCCCAGAUCAAGGCAUACAACGGGACGACCGAUCCCCAAGACCACCUCGCUCGCUUCGGGGCCAACGUGGUCAUCCGGAGACAAAAGCUCCCCUUCUCGCAUUUGCUCAAUGUGAAGAUCCGGAAGGGGGAACAGCUCCGGGAGUUCAUUAAUAGGUGGGAGAAGGAGGCUAGGGAUGUCCAAGGGGCGGACGACCAAGCCCUGAUCGCCAUGCUCCAAGCUGCACUCCCCCAAGGGGAUGUGCAGUUCAAGCCGCGACCGGCGAUAAAGGGGCAGACAUUAGCAGAUUUCGUGGUAGAAUGCACCGCGAGAGAGGUAGAAUCUAGUGGAAAAGAACCCGAGGGGAAUUGGUGGACCGUGUACACCGAUGGGUCGUCCGCGACUGGUGCUUCGGGGGGAGGUGUCGUGGCGAUAUCUCCGGAAGGGUUCAAGGCAUACUACUCCGUGAGAUUCCGGUUUAAAGUCUCGAACAAUGAGGCUGAAUAUGAGGCACUGCUUUGCGGCUUGAGGUUGGCAGCCUCAUUAAAAGCUGAGCGAAUCCAAGUCCGGUGCGAUUCCAAGCUAGUGGUAGGCCACGUCACUGGAGAAUUUGAGGCCAAGGAUGAACGAAUGAAGAACGUCGAACCCUGUCAAGCGACCAAGGUUGAAGACGACGCCGUGGCAAGAAAGUCUGAGAGAACGGCUAAGUCUGGAACACAAGAUCUGUUGAUCGCAUGAGCGACCAGGGGAUCUUGGGGGUAUGGCGACGCCACAAGGGUCAAAGUAACCCGAAAAUGGCUAAGUCAAAAGAGGCGAGGUAUUCUCUGAUUCAAUUCCGAGGAAACCUGAACGUCAAAAGUAGGAUGCGAAAGAGAAGAAGGUGAAACUUGUAAGUAAACAGGUAACAUCAAA